AUGACGAUCCAACCAUGGACGUCGGAAACUUUAUUCUCCAGGCCAAAUUCGCCAACCCGGCAAAUCACCGCCGCCCUAUGCGCAGACGCCGAUCCGCCCGCCGAAGGGGACGAGAUACCCGAAGCCGUAUGGGAGAUAAGAUUUUUUCUGCGAAACGGGCUGAUCUACUUCGUGGAUCCCGAGGACGGCCGACACAGACUCUGUGUCCCAAAGGCCGUUGAACAAGAAGUGUUCACCAUGGCCCAUGACACCCAACAUCACGCCGGCUUCUGGCGUGCAUACCUUCGGAUCAGACAGUCCAUUCUGAUUCAUGGCAUGAGCAGAAAGCUCCGCGAAUACCUUAAGCACUGCCCCCAGUGCCAACUUUGUACGACCAAGAGGCAUCGCCCCUAUGGUGAAUUGAACCCAAUCCAAACUUCGGCCGGCUCACGUGAGGUCCAAUGCUUGGACUUUAUCUCCAAGCUGCCACCUACAGCCAAAGGGUUCGAUAUGCUCCUGACGAUUACCUGUAAGGUCACCAAGGAAAUCCUCCUUAUCAAGGGCAAGGAGAGUUGGUCCGCUAAGGAAUGGGCCGAUGCCUACGUGAAGAAGAUCAUUUUAUACGGAUAG